GAUCCCAACGACUCACAACUACUCCAGGACUCGGAACUGGAGCGGCAAUUGUGUGCCUUUGACUACACCUACGAAAUAAAUUGGUUGAGACAACUGCUCACCACCAGUGGGUCACCGGUAGUCUUCUCGCACAACGACCUCUCAAAGGGAAAUAUACUGAUCCCCGACGACAGCACCGCCUACGCUGAUGGCAUGGUGUUCAUCGACUACGAGUGGGCUCACUAUAACUACCGGGGCUUUGAUUUUGGUAAUUAUUUUUGCAAAUUUGUGUUCAACUUUCCCGACCCGGACUACCCCCGGGUGUGCAUGGAUUUGAACGCCUUUCCCAAGGAUUACGAUAAGCGACUGUUUAUUAAGGAAUACAUUAAACACUCAAAGAGUUUGACUAAUGAUAAGCAAACUGAGGAUCAAGUGGUGAAAGAGGCCGACUAUUUCUCGUUGGCAUCCCAUCUAAUGUGGGCGCUUUGGAGUGUGAACAAGGCACAUUUAUCCAAGUUGGAUGUUUAUGCUGAAAAUGGUAAGGAUAGGCUCACGGCUUAUAUGGCACAUAAGGAAUACCUAAUUAGAGAAUAUCAUAUCAAAUAACUGUUGCAUUAAAUUGA